AUGUUAUUAUUAAAGUUACUUUUCUUUAAUAAUAAUUCAUCAUUUUCUGUACUACCUGAAGAUUCUUUAGAUCUUAUUGAUUCACUUAAUAUACCAUUGACUAAUCUUAAUAUUGAUUUCAUUGGGGUAAAACUUUAUUUCCAUUUAUAUAUUCAAAAUAUUAAUUUUCUAAUAAAAACAAGUUUUAUUUUUUAA